AUGUGGCGGGGCACGGCCGUGCCCGGCGGGGCUACCAGCGACUUGGGCUUUCGGAUCCGCUUCGUGUUCGGUGCGAAGUGGCGCAGCGAGAGCCCCGGGGCUAGGGAGGCGGGGCAGGCGUGGAAGGGACGCGCGCGCCGGAGAAAGGAGGAGGCGGUGAGGCCGGGGAGGAAUGCCAUGCUUCGCUGCGAGACUGGCAUGUCAUCGGAUCGCCGCUCUGCGCUCGCCUGCCGGCAAGUGAGAAUCGACCGAUCGCCGGUGAGAUGCAAGGUAGAGGAUCACGUCGCGACGAGGAAAGGCAGCAGUUGGGCACCAAUUGGCCAGGCCCACCCGAAAAAUUAG